AUGAACAAAGUUUAUGAAAAUCUGCCAAAACAACUAACUGGUAUGAAAACACUGUCAUACAUUGACCAAGAGGCAUUUAAGGAUCUGCCUAAUUUAAAGUACCUUGGGAUCACCAACACAGGUCUAACCUCUUUCCCUGGGCUCCAGUACGUUCAGUCCAGCCAAGAGGAUUUUAUUUUGGAGAUAGUGGAGAAUGUCUUCAUACAAGUUAUACCUGCUAAUUCUUUCAUUGGCAUAUCUGAGAAUGCUCUGACCAUCAUGCUGCAUAGCAAUGGUGUGAAAGAGAUCCAGCAUUAUGCCUUCAAUGGGAGCAGCCUGGAGGAAGUGUAUCUUCACAGGAAUGUGGAUUUGGAGCGAAUAGAUGAAUUUGCAUUUCAUGGCGUGAUUUGUGGCCCAACUCAUUUAGACCUUUCAGAAACCAAAGUUAGCUCUUUGCCUUCAAUUGGUAUUGAGACCAUUGAAAAGCUCCAAGCUAAAAACACUUGGGCCCUCAAAGAGCUGCCCCCCUUUAGAGCCUUUCUCCAUUUACAGAGCGCUGAAUUGACCUUCCCAAGCCAUUGCUGUGGUCUCAAAAUGAUGAAAAGAUGGAGAGGACACUCUGAGGCUGUUGUUUGCAACCUGACCCCAACUGCUUUGGGAAAGCUGCAGGAAUCCUCUGCAGCUCUCUCUCAGAAGUAUCUGGGACACAAAAUCUACCAACAUCUAAAAGACAACUUUGGCAUCCCGGUGGCUGGCAGCACAAAUCACAAUGAUCACAGCCCAACUCAACUGUCUCAAAAUGAGGGUUUGUUUCAUGUGGAGUUACAUACAGAGCACCUCAGUGAAGGUUUUGACUUUGCACUGUGUAAUGAACUUCACACAGAUGGACUCUUGUGCACCCCCUUACCUGAUGCCCUGAACCCCUGUGAGGAUGUGAUGAGUCAAGGCUUCCUGAGGGUGUUGGUCUGGUUGGUCAGUCUGUUAGCCAUUUCAGCCAACCUCCUGGUGAUGUUCAUCCUGUUGACGAGCAGGCAGAAGUUGUCUGUUACCCGUUUUCUCAUGGGUCACUUGGCGUUUGCAGACUUUUGUAUGGGGAUUUACUUACUGCUCAUUGCAUCUGUUGACCUCUACACACGCUCCCAUUAUUACCACUAUGCAAUAGCCUGGCAAACAGGAAGUGGCUGCAAUUUAGCAGGGACAUUGUCAGUGUUUGCCAGCGAGCUGUCUGUGUACACCUUAACUUUAAUCAGCCUUCAGCGCUGGCAUGCCAUCUUCUACGCAAUGAGGCCAGACAGAAAAAUUAGGUUACGCCAUGCAGCUGUGAUGAUGCUUGUCGGCUGGUUGCUGUGUGUGAUCCUAGCACUGCUACCAGUGGUCGGUGUGAGCAGUUACCAGAAAGUGAGCAUCUGCUUACCUAUGGACACUGAGACAACGGCUGCUCAGGCCUAUGUGGUCUUUGUCCUCAUGGCUAAUGUCAUUGCUUUUAUUGUGGUGUGUUUAUGUUAUUUCCACAUCUAUAGUAUGGUGCACAAUCCCCAUCACCAGUCCAGCAGAUGUGAUACUAGCAUGGCCAAACGCAUGGCUGUUCUAAUUUUCACUAACUUUCUGUGUCUGGCUCCCAUUUGCUUCUAUGGCUUGUCUGCAGCUCUCCACCAACCAUUGAUGACUGUCACAGAUUCCAAGGUACUACUGGUGCUUUUCUAUCCUCUCAACUCCUGCGCACACCCGUUUUUUUAUGCUAUCCUGACAAAGGCCUUUCACCGAGACAUCCUGAUGUUGCUGAGCCGAAUGGGGCUAUGCCAGCAGCAAGCUUACCUUUUUCAAAGCCAGUAUUACUCCCCACAUACACAAAGAGACCAUCUCUGCCCCACAGUCCAGCCCCCAGAUCCCAAAACAUUUAAGUAUGAGAAUCACGAAGCAACAAGAUACCCCAAAAUGUAUCUUUAAAUUUGAUUAAUAAUUUGUUCUUGCUGUAGUAGAUGCUGUAGUAAAUUUAAGGGACCAGUGUGUAGGA